AAACUAGAGGGAGUGUCGAUCGCGAUUCGCGCGCUACUUUACCAUUCGUUAUUGUUUUGUUAUUCAUAGUCCUUUUUGGGACAACGUUUCGCGUUUUUCGAUAUUUCGUUUCACUGUAUCGUAACUGCCGAUAUAAAAAUUGAAUCAACGCUUCCAUUGCACUUUUUCAACGUUAUACAACGUUCUUACUUCGGCGUCUACUGCGAACUUGUACAUACGUGUGGCGUGCGUUUAAUUAAUAUAAAUUGAUAUAGUCUUAACGACAUAAGUCGUGAUUAAAAGUUAUGGAGAAUACGGGUUUGAGUCCAUUGUUAAUCGCAAAAUUAAAGAUUAAAGAUGUUAUAAGUAAGAUAAAAAAUAAGUCACCGCAACUGCAGGAAGUUCUUAGACAGAGAUGUCGUCGACGAAUGAAAGAAAGAAGAAAAGAAAUAUUUAAUGCGAGAAGACUCGGUCUGGGAGAUAUAUCUGAAAAGUCGGAAGAAAGUUUUCAAUUGGACGGAGGGACGAACGAGGAAGAAGAGAACUGGAUAUGCGAAGAAUACGAGCGUAUGCUGCAGGAUGAAAUUGAAUGGAUAGAAUCGCUUGUUUACGACGAUAGGAAAAUAGUAAUUUGCCCUGUAUGUCAAACGGACACCAUGGUAGAAAUAUCAGAGUCCGUAUAUUGCAAAGUUUGCGGAUUUUGGCCGACGAAUUGUAACGAUAUUCAAACUCUUGGAAAUUUAAUUGAUAAUAGCGUCAAUAAUCAUUCCCAACGAUGCACCGCUGUACCUGGUUUUACGACGGUCAGCGAGAACAACAGUUCUGUUCUGUAUAUGACAUGCGAAGAAUGUUCGUUUUUAACGUGCGUUAUAUAAUAUCCCUGCAAAGAGCGAUAACUUUGCGAAUAUUUUCGGAUAUUUAAAUGGCCUCAUUGUUAAAUUUAAUUUAUUAUAAUUCGUGCAUAUAAUUUUUAGUUUUUGGAUUAACCUUUGACACGCUAUGCGAGUAUCUUUUUGCAGAGAUAUAGUAUAAAUUCUAUCAUUUUCUUGGAAAGGGAGAUGCAGCGAUUCUAAUCUUAUUAUUUAGUUGAAAAAAUAAAGCCAGGAGAGAGGAUACAACAUUAUCCUGUUAAUCGUAAGCGAAUACGUUCGAGCAAAUAAAAGUGCCGUCAACGGUAUUUAUUUUCUAACGUGAAUAAUUGUAACAAAUUAGGAAUAUACAAGGUACAAUCGUUAUCCCAUUUUAUCGUCAUUUUUUUUUUAUCAAGAUUAAACAUUUGUUAUAUCAAUAACAGUAUAGUAUAAUUUUCACGCGAGUACGAUGGAUAUUGUAUGUACAAAAUAAACAUUCCUUUGCCGUCUCGCUCUUCUCACGUGCCACUUGUAAAUACGCGUAUAAACGCGUCAUGAGUUUGAGUAAAAAGAAAAAGAAGAAACGUUCGUACAUCGUAUAGCUUAUAAAAGUAACAAUAAUUUUACAAUAGAGGUUUAAUAAUUCAAACAAAUAAAAUAUGUAUACAGUGUACAACGACGAGUCCUGAAAAGUAAAUAUAUUGGAAGAAAGUUUA